CCUCCCCAGGGGCCAUCCCAUGCACAUCCGGACUCUAGAGGCUCGCCAGAUGUGGACUAUUCUCCUGAACGUUGAAGCUGCAGAGUCUGCGUGAAGCCACAUACCUGGCAUGCUGAUCAGAUCUGGUUGUGGCCUUUGGAGACUGAGGAUCCAGAUCUAUAGUCCGGCAAAAGGGGACUUGGAAUCUGCAGCUGAAGAAAUCCUGGAGUAUGAGACCGAACCGAGCUCUGCGGCUUUCCUUUUUGUUGUUGGGACUGUGCCAGGCCUACCGUGCCCGCCCACCAGGUGGUCCCUACACCACACAGGAGGCAGGUGAGGUCCCCGUGUCCCAGCUGAGGAUGCUCUCGCUGGGACUGGCUCACCUGCUGCAGGGGUUGGUGGAGAACGUAGGGCAGCUGGAGCGGCGGGGAGAGCUGGUGGCAGCGGAGCUGGACGAGGCUGCGGAGAGUCUGGAGAGCCUCCGCAAGCAGAGUUCACAGGCCGGACGGACUCACAGGCAGGUGAGGAAGGAUUUGCAGAUCCUGACUGCCAGGGGGGACCGGCUGUGGAGGGCAGCCACAGAUCUACAGGAGGAGCUGGCGCAUCUAGAGAGGGAGCGGGAAGCCAUGCAGCGCCGCAUGAACCGGAUCAUCCAGAAAGUGAAGAGCCGGACCGAGCCGAGGUCAGUGAAGGCCAUCAUGGACCAACAGGCCCAAAGGCUCGCCAGUCUUACCUCAGAGGUCUCAGCCCGAGACAGAAUGAUUGACAGGCGCCUGCGGCACAUCAACCAGCUGGAGAAACGAGUGGCAAAGAGCCUCCCCGCAGCACGGAGGGCGGAUCUGGACCGAUGAGCACAGCUGGAUCAACACAGCCUCUCUGCCCGCAACCCGCCGUGAGAAGGACUCCGUAAAGCUGACAAAACAACCUGCUCUGCAACGAGCUCUGCUCUGUGUUGCUCUUCAACUCAAAAGAAAACCACAUAAUAGGCUGUUAAUAAAGCUGUUGUCAGUGAAUCGUCCUGGAUAAAAAACACCUGUUGGUCCAAAAUAAAUUUAAAAAAAAUG